AUGAAUGAAACACCUUAACCAAUACAAAACCAAUCUUAGAUCAUUAAGAUAAAGAAGUAACUUUAACAAUAGUUGAAGAGUUCUUAGGCACCUCUAUCAGAUAAGUUGAAGGACUCUCUCCAAAAAGUGAAUUAAAAAGGUCAAUUUUAAUGUAAAUUUGUUGGAAUGCAUUUUAUCCACAACUAUCUUAUGUUUGUGAGAGAAAAAGUCAUUAGUGAGAAAAGUCAGCUUAUUCUAUUCGACUUAAGACCUAAAGCUAUAAUAUAAGAAGUGAGAAUUAUGAAGACAGAGCACUUGGAUCUAGCUGAAUAGCUAAAAAAUCAAGAAAGCUUACAAGCCUUCAAAAAUAAAGUUCAUUUCAGGCAUGUUUUCAUCAUUGGAUAGAAUGAGUAGUUUGAAACAGAACAAUUCAGUGAGUUGCUGUAAAAAAUAGUAGAACUUGAGAUGAAACCAUUUUGCUUAUUCAUGCACAGGUUCAAGAAGGAGAUUCUAGAAUACGAAUUCCCCUACCUUAUGCUCUAGAAUCAGGAAAAAAGGAAGUUAAAUCUUUACCCCCAGAUUGUUCUUAAAUGUAAAGAUAUUGGGCUUGAAAAGUAAAAAUAGAAGUUUCAAUUAUUGAUGGGAAAGUCCCAGUUAAUAAACGCAGUCUAACUAAAUGAAAUGCAAAUCAGCAAAGCUUUAAUUAUUGACGAUGAUGAGCCAAGCUUAAAUAAACAUGUUUAAGAGAAUUUGAAAGGGAUUAGUAUCGAUAGAACUUCUUAGGAGAUUCGUAAUCUCAUCAAUUGCUCAUAAAAGGAAACUCUAAGAGGGGAAUCUUACAAAAAGCUUUAUUUAGAACUAGCAAAAAAAGCCUCUAGCUAUAUUUAAAAAGCAGUAUCUGGUGAUUAUAGAAUAGCUAUAUUAGCUUCUGCAUUCACUAUUGUAAAGGAAAGGCGCAUUUCAGUUAAAAUCAUAGAUUCCAAGAGAAACCUAUACAGAAGAAGCCAACUAACGAGAAGACAUUUUCUGAAAGAGUAUCUUAGAAGAUUUUUUUAUAGUAUAAUUUAGAUGGAUGAAUUGAUAAAGUCAUUGCAUAUUGAGACAUUGAAGAAGCCUGAAAAAUUAACAGAUGCUCUGAGUCUUUUUACUACUUUAAUUAGAAACAUUAAUGAUAAUCCUACCGAUGAAAAAUUUAGAUAGUUCAAAAAAAAUACAAUGGACAUCGACCUCUUAAACGUGGAUCCAGUUCAGGAAGAGAAAUCACACAAGCUGAAGAGACUUGUUCAAUCACCAAACUCCUACUUCAUGGACGUGAAAUGCCCCCAGUGCUACAACAUUACCACCAUCUUCUCACACGCUUAAACCGCAGUUGCAUGCAAUGGAUGUGCUUUCGUACUCUGCGCCCCUACUGGUGGAAAAUGCAAGCUUAGUUUGGGAACUGCCUGGAGAAGAAAGGGCGACUGA